AUGUGCUGCACACAGGCCGCCACAUGUUUCAGUUGGAACGAUUUUCGUGAUAUCGCAAAGCUGAGGCUUUUCAUAGAGGAAACUACUCGCAAGAUUCCUGAAAACUCUUCGACAGCCCACGACCGGUUUCGCCCUUCCACUUCGGGCUCAUCAGGUUGGCUAAGUCCCCGAUUUUCCGUACUACUUAAACCCAAAUUGGACUGUUUUCGAGAAAUACACACAUUUGCUAAUCAAUUUGGUUUUCACGACAGACUCAACUGUCGAAGGGUUUUCAGCAACCUU